AUGUCGCUCCACAUCACCGUCGUCCCCGCCUCCUCACAAGGCGGCAAAGAGACGAUCCGCAACCUGCUCCGCCACGCCAGCCAGCCCCGAGUCCGCGGAGUCUACCGCGAUAUAGCUAAGGCGCCCGCCGAGUUCACGGACAAUGUCAAUUUUGAGCCUGUUCAAGGCGAUGUCUCCAAGGCCUCGCCCGACUUCUCCGGCUCCGAUGCUGUCUUGUACAUCCCGCCGCCUACAUUCGAGGACGUCGAUGUUGCCGAGUUCGCCACCAAUGCCGCCCAUCAUGUCAAGGCCGGCCUUGAGCGCGCGUCCGUCAAGCGGGUUCUUAUCUUCUCGGCGAUGGGUUCUCAAUACGAUCCCGAUGCUAUUGGUGUUCUGAAGAUCAAUCAUAUCACCGAUAAAAUUCUCGCUGCGAGCGCCCCUGAGGUAGUGGUCAUCAAGCCGGGCUGGUUUCACGAGAACUGGGCCGAAGCCUUCGCAACAGUGAAGCAGGAGCCCGCUUACUUUGAGUCUGUCUUUACACCGGCAGACUACGAGAUCCCAAUGGUCGGUCAACGAAAAUUCUUUGUGUCACGAAACGUGGUGGUUAACGAUGCGCAGGUGAGCAUUGUCGACGUUGGUCGCGCGUGUGCCCAGAAACUGCUGGAAACCGGCCAGACGCUGCAUUCGUGCCCCUAUGUCUUUGAACUGUUCGGCCCGAGGCACUACUCGACGCUUGAUGUUCGGCAGGCACUUGAGAAGGCGUCGGGGAAGAGCAUUUCGAUCGUGCCGGUCGAGCCGGAGAAGCUGGCUGAGCAUUUCGCGAAGCACAUGCCUACGUCGCAGGUGCAGACCUAUGUGAACAUGAUUACGGCUACAUUGGCGGGGGGUGUUAUGGCAGGCGACUACAAGGGAGACGGGAGGACGGAAAGGGGGGUGGUCGAGCUUACAGAUAGCCUGGGACGGUUGUUCGCCGAGACUCAGUAG